CUGAAGUCAGAUGGGUACUGUGCAGAGUUUAGAGUGUUUGACCCACCCACCCUCUAGAAGUCUGGUUAGCAUUCAAAGUAGAAAAAUGGAUCGAAAUGAAACUGAAAACCAAGCAAAAGCAUCCAACCACAAAAACACUUUCCAAGUACAAAGUCCUGAGAGAGAGAGAGAGAGAGGGAAGGAAGUUCUUGUGCUUCAGGUUUUGACUUGGUCUUCCAUCAUUCAUUCACAAUUUCACUUGCUUGGAAGCACAACGUGAUCAUGACGAUCAAAGCAAAGAAACCAUAUGUCACCACCUUAUUAUAUUUAACAGCUCACAGCCGUCUGAUAAUGACCCACAACACACCUUGUCCUUGCUAUAUUCCAAACCAAACAUAAGAAAAAAAGCAACAACUUGUUUUUGCCUUCUGCUUUGAAAGCCGGGAAGAAGAAGAACUGGGGUGAUUUGAUCUCGUUUGGGAUUUGGGUAUCUGAAAAAUUUCAACUUUAAGCAAGUUUUUGAUUCUAAAGUCAACCAGUCAACUUUUUUCGUAUACAAGAUGGAAAUCGUGGAAAAGAGAAAAUUUUCUAAACUGUUGUCAGAGCUGAUAGUUUUGGCCGAUGAGGUUGCUUCUCUUGCUAAGAACUCUGAAAUUGAGGUACAUAUUUUUUCUGAGUUUGCCAUGUUGGUUGAGAAAUUCUCACCAAUCUUCAAUGACUUGAGAGACAAAAACACAGUUUUGGACAAGCCACCUAUAAGAAAAUCCUUGGAAUCUCUUGAGAAUGAGCUGAGGCGUGCCAAAGCUUUGACAAAAAGCUCGAAUUUGAGGCAACCCAUCAAGCAAAUUGAGGACAUAACACAUGACAUAGGUCGAUCCUUUGGCCUUCUGCUCGUAGCCAGCCUAGAAAUUUCCGUGGAUUUCAGAGAAAAGAUUGGUACAUUGCAAAGACAGUUGAUGAAUGUGAGAUUUGAUGGCAGUUUAAGUGUAGCUUCAAGUCCAAAAUCAGAGGUUUCCGGCAGUGAAGUGAAGCUGACUGCAGAAAUAGAAGAGGAGAUAGUUAAUGUUUCUAUUGCUGAUGUUGUUUUGCAACUUAAGAAUGGUAAUGAUGAAGAAUUUGCAGUUUCACUUUUGAGACUGAAGGAGUUCAUAGAUAGUGAAAGAUUUGAUGGUGGUUUGAUCAACGAGGAAGCAACUCUUUCCAUUCUUUUCAACCGUCUAGGCUCGUGUAAGGCAGACAACAGGUUGGCAAUCAUGCGGUUGCUAAGAAGUAUUGCUUCAGGAAAUUAUGAGAAAAAGGAGAAGAUGGUAGAUAUUGAUUUCUUAUCAGCAGUGGUGAAGUCACUCACAAGAGAUUCAGAGGAGAGGAAGGAAGCAGUAGGGCUGUUGCUAGAGCUCUCCGACAUUCAGGCCGUUCGCCGGCGAAUCGGAAGAAUUCAAGGCUGCAUUGUUAUGUUAGUUGCUAUCCUUAAUGGGGAUGACCCUGAUGCCUCAAAUGAUGCUGCAAAGUUAUUGGAUAUAUUGUCUAGUAAUUCUCAAAAUGCACUUCAUAUGGCCGAGGCUGGCUACUUUAGGCCACUAGUGCAGUAUUUGAAAGAAGGAUCUGACAUGAACAAGAUUCUAAUGGCGACAGCACUUUCAAGGUUGGAACUCCCUGAUCACAGUAAGCUUUCCCUUGGAGAAGAUGGGGCAAUUGAGCCCCUUGUCAACAUGUUCAGCACAGGGAAACUGGAGUCCAAGUUAUCAGCUCUAAAUGCGCUGCAAAAUCUGUCAACCGUGGCAGAAAAUGUGCAGCGUUUGAUCAGAUCAGGAAUUUCAGGAUCUCUGCUACAACUUCUUUUCUCAGUUACAUCUGUGCUCAUGACAUUGCGUGAGCCUGCAUCAGCCAUUCUUGCAAGAAUUGCUCAGUCUGAAUCCAUCCUUGUGAAUGAAGAUGUGGCUCAGCAGAUGCUUUCACUUUUGAAUCUUUCCAGCCCCAUUAUCCAGGGCCAUUUGUUAGAAGCUCUAAAUAACAUAGCCUCCCACCCUGGUGCAUCCAGAGUGAGAAGCAAAAUGAAGGAAAAAGGUGCACUUCAGCUUCUCUUACCCUUUCUGAAGGAAAACACCACCAAAGUCAGGAGCAAGGUCUUGCAUCUUUUGUACACUCUCUCUAAAGAUCUAACAGAUGAGUUAACUGAACAUCUUGAUGAAACUCAUCUCUUAAACAUAGUCAAUAUAGUCUCAACAUCAACAUCAGACAGUGAAAGAGCUGCAGCUGUUGGCAUACUGAGUAAUCUUCCUGCUAGUAACAAAAAGGUGACUGAUAUACUGCAGAGGGCAAAUUUGCUGCCAAUUUUAAUAUCCAUCAUGUAUACUAUCUCAGGAAGUAACUCAUCAACAACAAAUAACUUAGCAGAGAGUAUUGCCAGUGUUAUCAUUCGCUUCACCAAUUCCUCUGACAAAAAACUACAAAUUCUCUCAGCCGAACAAGGGGUGAUUCCUUUGCUUGUGAAACUGCUCUCAAGCGGUUCACCAAUCACAAAAGCAAGGGCUGCAGUCUCACUGGCUCAACUAUCUCAGAAUUCUCUGUCUCUUAGAAAGUCUAGAAAGUCAAGGUGGUUGUGUGUUCCUCCCUCGGUGAAUGCAUUCUGUGAAGUUCAUGAUGGAUUUUGCUUUGUAAACAGCACAUUUUGUUUGGUCAAGGCAGGUGCUGUUUCUCCCCUCAUCCAACUGUUAGAAGAUACUGAGAGAGAAGCAGUUGAAGCUGCUUUGCAUGCUCUUUCAACUCUUCUGCAAGAUGAAAUCUGGGAAGGUGGUGUCAGUUGCAUUGCCAAGUUAUCUGGUGUGCAAGCCAUCAUAAAAAGUCUUGAAGUUGGCGAUGCAAAGGUUCAAGAAAAAGCAAUAUGGAUGCUGGAGAGAAUAUUCAAAGUUGCAGAACAUAGAGUUAAGUAUGGAGAAUCUGCUCAGGUGGUUCUUAUUGAUCUUGCUCAGAAGAGUGAUUCUAGAUUGAAGUCAACAGUUGCAAAAGUUUUAGCUGAGCUUGAGCUCUUGCAAUCUCAGUCAAGUUACUUUUAAAACAAGCCUUUCUCUAUGAACAAUUCUGUGGCAAUGAUCUGGUUUUGAUCUUCAUUCAUUUACAUUAUUUUGUUGUACAUGCUUGUGUUUUACCUUAGUUUUUGAUGAGCCAUUUACCAGAAGACAGUUAAAAAGUUUAGUAGUGUAUCAAGAUUGAUUCAUUCAGUUUCUUGAA